AUGGCGGAGGAAACUGAUUGUCUGGAGAUGCCGGGGCAGCCCUACGCCCUGGCGUUGUGGAAUCUCAUCAUCCGCCCGCCCCGCAGGCGAUACGACCCGCAGCGGUUGGGGCCAAAGCGCUUCCGCCUGUGGAGCUGCGGCGUACGCCGCGAGGAUAUCGACUUAGUGAGCUCCCGCGGGAUGAAAUUGAGGUGUUCGCACUUCCUGCCAGAUCUUCCGGCUGGCCGGGCAGAGCCGAGACCCUGCGUGGUGUACCUGCACCAGAAUGCCUCGUGCAGGCUAGAGGCGUUCCAGCUGGUGCCUCUCUUCCUCCCCCUGGGCAUCUCCCUGUUCUGCUUCGAUUUCGCAGGGUGUGGCGAGAGCGAUGGCGACUACAUCUCCUUGGGGUGGUUUGAGAGAGACGACUUGGCAGAUUGUGUCAAGCACCUGCGCGACUCAGGCCUGGUCUCAUCCAUCGGAUUGUGGGGGCGCUCCAUGGGGGCGGUCACAGCUCUGCUCCAUGCGGACCGGGAUCACUCCAUAGCUGGCAUGGUGCUCGACAGCCCUUUCUGCAACCUUCGACAACUUGCUGGAGAGCUCGCGCAGAGCGAGUACCUUUCCGUCAAAGUCCCGAGCUGGUUGCUCUCGGGUGCUUUGGCACUGGGACGGCUACGGAUAAAGCUUCUUUGUAGCUUCGACAUCGACGAGCUGUCGCCGAUAGAGCAUGUGGGCAAUUCGUUCAUCCCAGCGUUGUUUCUGCACGGCGUGGACGACGAUUUCAUACCACCACACCACUCGCAGAAGCUUCACGAGGCCUACACCGGCGACAAGGAGCUUGAGAUGAUUGCUGGUGACCAUAACACUCAACGCGACAUCCACGUGACUCGCAAAUCCGUCUACUUCCUCGUCCAAGCGCUGCGCUGCAACCUGCCACCCUUGCAGGGGGAGGGGAGCAUCGCGUCGCUCCUAGGCUUUGAUGCUGGGGAGGUGGACUCCUGCAUCGAUCGCAAGGUUCUGUCCACGCGUGUGCAGGCGGAGGCAGCUCGCCUUCUGGCCACUUCCUGCCCAGAGCGACGUGGCCUUCGCCUUCGGGACGCGCAGCGGAUUGCUCUUUCCGUGCGCCUCGAGGUGGCGAUGCAGCUCUGCGAAGAUGCCGCCGAAGCUGGCUACUGCUUUGGCCUCUUGCCACAGGCGAGUGACUACGGUGGCGCAAACAGGCCGCCCGUGGUGAUAUUUGCGCUGACAUCCCCAAAGGGGCUUUGCGUUACACAAGUCGUCGAAGGCACCGGAGUAGAGAUUCUGGCUCAGGUGGAUCAGCCGAUCGACAUUGGUGUUCCCGUCUUGCUCAUAGCAGAGCUCAUUGACAAUUCCAAUCACGAAAGCUAUUUUGCGCCGCAGCAGCCGACCACACUGCGGCUGUCCUUGGGCACUGGGGGUGCUGAGAUCAACUUGGUGCUCUCAGAGGAGUACAAGAGGGAUGGGUUCUGCUGGCCCAUCACCUGCGGUGGACAAGCCGAGCUGUACGACUUGGAUUUGAAGGAUCCUGUCAGCCACACCUCUACACGGGAUGUCCAGACCGCCAAUUCAGGAACUUCUAGCGGCCAGGAGAGAAGACUGGGACGGCGAUCGCGCCGGCCCAGCCACAGCUCAACCGAGCCGGACACGCGAGGGGUGCAAAGUCCGCCGCCGGAGCCGCCAACGCAGGAGGUGACCAGCUGCUGUCGGCAGUCGUAG